AUGUCGGAGAACACACAAAUAUACUCAGCAACGUACUCAAAUGUUCCUGUCUUUGAAUAUGUCACCUCUGAAGGUCCAAUUAUGAGACGAAAGGGGGACUCUUGGAUCAAUGCUACGCACAUUUUAAAGAUAGCAAAGUUACCUAAGGCCAAGAGAACGCGGAUACUCGAAAAGGACGUGCAGACCGGCAUACACGAAAAAGUCCAAGGUGGAUACGGUAAAUAUCAAGGGACAUAUGUACCAUUAAAGUUGGGUGAGGUGAUUGCCCAAAAUUACGGCGUUUAUGAUACCUUGAAGCCGAUUUUUGAUUUCGAAUACAUUGAGGGAAAAACUGAAACACCACCACCCGCUCCCAAGCACAACCAUGCUAGUGCACUAAACAUAGCAAAGAGACAAGCAUCGCUACAGAAAAAAGAUGCACAGCAGAAACAACCAAAACCACAAAAAGCGAAAAAAGUUGGAGAUGAUGAACCACGAAAGCGUGGUAGACCAAAAGGGUCGACAUUGAGCUCAACUCCAAGUCUACAGCAUUCAGAUACUGUUCCUUUGGGAAGUACUGUGGGUGGCUACAGCAGAGACAGCUCUUUUGCGGCUCCUAUACCUCGAAUGUCGCGUCAAAAUACAGAACAGGAUGCUCUACAAAUGAUGGCUUCCAACAUGAAUUUGAGACGAGAAGACUUGGCGCUGGUGGACACUGACGAAGAUGACGACGACAGUUCUGCAAAGAAUGGCGGGGCAAGUUUGAAAAGAAGUAAGAAGAACAAUGGUGUGUCGAUGACCAAUGGCGAUUUUGACACAAACGCCGACUUGUUAACCAGUCGAGAGUUGUUUGGUGUUUCGCGGAAUACGUUUGAAAAGAAUGCUCAUAAUUUCAACGGACCCCAAGCAGACUUGAUUACCCCUUAUCAUCAGCCUAGUAUCAACCUUCCGCAAGAAAAUCAAAUAUACUCGGAUUAUUUUAGUAAUUUUGUGGCGUUCUUUUUGGAUGAUGAAGGGCAUAAGGGACAGUGGAAUGCGCUUCCCGAAAAUGUUUUACCAGAAAAACUCUUGAAUCCGCCUCACCCGGUAUCAAAGAUUCACAUUAACCACCCCAUCGAUAAUGAGGGAAAUACCAUUUUCCAUUGGCUUUGUUCAUUGGGAUACUUGACACUCAUAAAAUUUUUGAUUGACAAAUUUGGCAAAGAGAUACGACUUGACAUACGGAAUAAUAACGGGGAGACGCCCUUGAUGUUUAUGGUGAAAUUCAGCAACUGUUUUAGUUCAAAUACUUUUGAGGAGGUUUUGAGUGUGCUUUUUGAGUCUCUUAUACUUGUUGAUUCCAGUGGAAAGACUGUGUUGCACCAUAUAGUGGAAUACAAGAAGGAAAAAGUAGCCGCUUAUUAUUUGGAGAUUUUGUUGAAGCAUCUUGUACUGGGUGGGGACGGUUCCAGUGAAGACAAGGAAAAUACAUCAGAUGAAAAAUUUGAAUUGAUUACAAAGUUUAUUAACCACCAGGAUUCUGAUGGAAAUACCGCUUUCCAUAUUGCCGCGUACAAUUUGAGUAAAAAAUUGAUCAGAGUGUUUAUUGAUUAUCACAAGUUUAUCAAUUUCAGUUUGAGGAAUUUGGUCACAUGCACCGUUGAGGAUUACUUGGCAUCUCAUAAUUAUGUGCUUCGUCUCGAUGCAGCUACUGACGGAGAGGAGAACUCUAAUUCUGAGAACACGCAGCUUAUAAAUAACCCCAGACAUGACAUGAUAGAAGAGGCCGACUCUCUUGGACAAUCGUUUGAUGCACAACUAUACAAUUCCAAGUUAGCGAUCAAUUUGUACAACAAUACUGCCAACAUCUUGACCGAGAAGAUGGCAGAGCUAUCGUACAUCAUCAAUCAGGAGUUGAAAGAAAAGGAUGAUGUUGUAUUGGGCUAUUUCAAGACAUUAGCCAAAGUGAAUGAAAUCAAACUAUCGACACAGCGUUCCAUUUUAUCCAUGUUCAAGUUGGAGCAUUUGAUUGAUGAUUUGGAUGAAAGCCCGCAAAAGGAGAAAUUGGACCCGUCUAGUCAGGAGUCCAACGUUCUUGAAACCAACUAUGAUAAUUAUCAAGUGAAUUUCAAGCGAGAUCAAAUUAUACAGGAAGAGAUACAACGGUUGGUCAAUGACUCAACGUAUCAGUUAUUGCACAAACAGGACGACUUGAGCCGGGCACUACAAAAGUUCAAAACCGCCAAAGAGUAUGGAAUCAAAAAGCAAUUAGAGGCUGCACUGCCCCAAGAGGAUGGCGACGCUGACGACGCUGACGACGCUGAUGGUGAUCGAUUUGAACUUGCAAACCUCUUACAGAUUGAGAUUUUGAAGAAAAGACAUUUGUUGAAUUCAGUUGUGGACUACUCCAAGGACGUACCUCUAUUGCCCAACGAUGCAGACACUUCAAAGCCUAUUACUGAGCAGUACGCAUCGGAUCCUGAUAACAAGUUGAUCAAGUAUUGCAAACUUAUUUCGUUGAGUUGUGGAAUGAGAUUUGAUGAGAUUGAAAGUAACAUUGACCUGAUUGAGCAGAGUUUGUUGAAGAACAGAUAG